UUUAGGUUUGCGGAAGUGCUCUCAACUCAACUUCCGGAAAGGAUUGUGUUUCGCAUAUCGAUAAAUAAUUCACCUUCCUGGUUUGAAGAAGACUACCUUGUCAGGAGGAAACUGAAGUGUACCUUUUGAAGCAGAAUACAGAGGCUGUGAGUGGGUCAUCAGGCAGUCUCCCUAUGUCAGGCAGAAACGGGUCUGCAAGUGAUGCAGACUGCCGGAUCUCUGAGGACUGUCGUGUCCCAGAUGUUGAGCUGAUGGAGCUGGGGCCACUGUUGGAGGAGGCAGGGGGGCGACCGACAACGUCUAAAGGCAUCCAUUCAGAGGGUGCCGCGAUGCUUGCUGACGAGGACGAGGAGGAUGAUGAGGUGGGAGAGGUCCUGACCUUACCACUUCAGGCUCACCAUGCCAUGGAGAAGAUGGAGGAGUUUGUACACAAGGUUUGGGAGGGGCGCUGGAGGGUCAUCCCUUUCCAUGUCCUGCCCGAGUGGCUUAAGGACAACGAUUACCUCCUGCAUGGACAUCGGCCUCCGAUGCCCUCCUUCCGGGCCUGUUUUGGAAGCAUCUUCAGAAUUCACACUGAGACAGGAAACAUCUGGACUCACCUGUUAGGGCUGAUCUUAUUCAUCUGUCUGGGCACGUUAACUAUGCUGCGGCCCAACAUGUAUUUUAUGGCCCCGCUGCAAGAGAAAGUGGUGUUCGGGAUGUUCUUCCUGGGAGCUGUGCUCUGCCUCAGCUUCUCCUGGCUUUUUCAUACCGUCUACUGCCACUCUGAGAAAGUGUCUCGCACCUUCUCCAAACUUGACUACUCGGGCAUUGCCCUCCUGAUCAUGGGCUCCUUCGUGCCCUGGCUGUACUACUCGUUCUAUUGUUCCCCUCAGCCUCGACUUAUCUACCUCACCAUUGUAUGUGUCCUCGGCAUUGCCGCCAUCAUAGUGGCCCAGUGGGACCGGUUCUCUACACCUCGUCACAGACCUACAAGAGCAGGUGUGUUCAUGGGUCUUGGAUUAAGCGGCAUUGUCCCCACCAUGCAUUUCACCAUCGAGGAGGGCUUUGUUAAGGCCACCACAGUCGGCCAGAUGGGUUGGUUCUACCUGAUGGGUGCCAUGUAUAUCACUGGUGCUGGUCUGUAUGCAGCCAGGAUCCCUGAACGCUAUUUUCCUGGAAAGUGUGACAUCUGGUUCCACUCUCAUCAGAUUUUUCAUGUUCUGGUCGUGGCAGCGGCAUUCAUCCAUUUCUACGGGGUUUCCAACCUGCAGGAGUUCCGCUACGGCCUGGAGGGAGGGUGCACAGAUGACACUCUACUCUGAGAGGCCUGACUGUGACUUACUCAUACUUUUCUUUAUAGUUCCACACCACACACACCUACAGAUACACACACACGCACACACAAUCACUUAAAAUGCUGCUGGAAUUCAAUAUAGUCACUUAUUGCUCCUUCUGUAAUUCUGAUUUGCUAACAUCUUGUUUGGGUUUUGGUGGUCUUUCUGUUUGGCUCUUUUUUGCUCCAAUAAAGUAGCAUUAACUAGCCAUUGAACUACGGAGGGAAUCUUCAACAGGCACUACUUCUUCAAUAAUUAUGAAACUUGAAGUCUACAUUUUCAAGUAAGGUCAAAAUGGGAUUUUAACCAAAAUCGUAUAUUCCUGUAACUGAUGGUCACCUCUUAGAAGCUCACUAGCACCCCGACCUCUUCAUAUAGUCUGUUACCAUUGCACAAAGGGCACGGAGAGUAUUAUUUGUGCUGUAGCAGGGGGCACAUACUGUAAACCAUUCCUAUCCUCCCUCCCAGUUUCCAUGCAGGUUAGAGGAUGAAUGUACUGUCCACCAGGAGUGAGAUGCAGAGAAGUCCAGGAUCAUUUAGGUGCUUGAGGGCCUGCACACACAUUUGUAUUAGGAGGAUGAAAGUGUACACAUAAAGUGUGUAUAAAUGUCACCAGAUGUUUUCUAACUGCUGACACUGAUUGUGCAGCUUUGUGCUGAAACCUGGAGGACCACUACGAACCCACCCCAUGCCCGCUCUGCAAUAAAUCAUGAACUGUACUCUUAAGGCCCAGUCAAUCAAUCUAAAAUCACAUUGAAACAAAAUAAAAAACAUUAUUAUGAAAGGAACAUUGAGCUUAAAUCCUAUAAUUAUGAUCUAUAAAUGUGUCUGAGUAACAAAAGGCGUAAUGCACAUCAGAAUUCUUACCAAAACUAUCAAAAAUCAAUAGGCUGGAUACUAAAACAAACUGAUUUCUCAGUUUUUCUUUGAACUUAAAACCAACAUUUUUGGAGUUCCUUUGCAUUUUGAUUGACAAAAGUCCCAAGCAAAUGAUUUUCAAAUUGCAUAAUGGCACAGAAAAGAUGCAGCUGUGUAAAAAUACAGCUGCUCAGUUGAGGUUAGACUAAAAUGCUGAACAUGUAGAAGUUAAAAGAACUCCCCUGCCAUCGUGUUUCAGUCAGAAAACACAUCAUUGAUUAAUUUGUAAUAGUUCCUGGGCGACGCACAAUGUACAGAUCUGGAUGGGUCAAAUUGUGUUUUUGUCUGCUAGAGAUAUUUCUUUUGUGCUAGAUUUCAGAUGCAAUGAGAGGUGUAAAUAUCAAAUGCACCUUAGUGUAUACUAUUAAAUUCAAAACUUUAAAUCACCGUAUGGGGUUUAAAAUGUGUUAUGUAUGAUUGAUAUAAACUUUUAGUAUUCCUGUGCCUUAGGCCAACGGAAAUGUUUUUAAAUAAAACGGCCUAUCUUAACAGUCAAAGGAGCUUCAAGGAUUUCCAGAUGUUGACUUUUCUUGUUUUCCUUGCCAUAUUAUAUACAAUCGAAUCAUUAUUGAACUUACAACUCCAUGGAUAGGUUGUAUCAACUGCUGUUUAAGACUCCUUUUUCUAGAUCAACUUAUUCGAGCUUUAUUACAAAGACUAAAACAAUGUGUAUUCUUGACUUUGUGUAAUGUCCUGUGUAGAAAGUGAUAAAUCAUACAUUUCACUGAAAUGUAAACAUAAAUAUUUAUUAAUGGUAAACUUGGAAAAUUAUUGUAAUAAAUUUUUUUCCACAUGUACAAA